GACAACAGUCCAAAAUUAAUCAAAAUUCUUGGAUUUUUCUUUCUUCAGGCGUUUAACACUUCGGAGGUACCAAGAAAUUUCUUCGGUCGAUUCGUGUUGGUUUUGUUGUUAAUUGUUGGUGUUUUGUAUAAUGCUUUGUUCAGUUCGGGAAUAUUAGGAAAACUGAUGUCGCCUAGCUAUGAUAAUGAGAUACGCACAAUUCGAGACUUGUCCGACUUAAAAGAACCUCUUAUCUGGCAUGAUCAAACUUCAAUGUAUCAAAAAAUGAACGCUCUUGAAGAAGACAUAUUUUCUCGUUGGACAAAUGAUACUUCUUUAGAUCCAAGAAAGGCAAUUUUCAUGCAUUUGGUUAGUGAUUCAAAACUAUCUGCACAGUUAAACAGUCGUUAUACCAAAAAUAAGAAAUAUAUUAAGCCUAUGAAUUUUGUUCUGAUGGCUAAAUAUCACAUCCUCACUGCGACCAAUACAAAAACACUUUUAUUUGUCCGUCAACUGAAUGAUUUAAUAUUCAAAUGCCUGGAUCAUGGCCUAUUAAUUAAAUGGGAAGAGGAGGCCUACAUGGCGUCCAGUUCAAUGUUUGACAUCUUGGAAUAUUUAGAUCGCAAACCAGCUCAGCAAACUCUCAUUCAAUUCAGAUUAGCUCACUUAGCCGGAGCGUUUAUUUUUUUGUUUAUUGGCUUAACUAUGGCCACAAUCACAUUUUUCAUCGAACGACAUUGGUUUAAUCGUAAAAUCAAUAAAACCAGGAAAACACUCAAUGAGUAAUAACUGUUUAUAUCAUACAAUAAUCUCGGUAAAGAUUUCACAUAUUUUUAUAUUAUGUUGUUUAUAUGCAAGUACCUAAUUCAAUUUGUAGAGUGCACUCCUGAUAAACUGUAGCAUGUUAGUUUUUAUCGCUGAAUAUUUAUGUGUUAUCAGUAUACACACCUAUAUAAAUACUGUACAAAAUUUGAAAACACAUUGUUAAUACAUAUUUGGCAACAAAAUGAAUAUCUACGCUGGUUUACUUCUUGCUUGUUUUGUGGGCCUUGCAGCGUCACAAAAUGUUCACAUUAGUUACUCGAUUAUGCCAAAAACUGAUGAAUUUCACUCAGUUAACUUCACUACAAGUACAGAUGCGACAUUUUACGAUAUUAUGAGAGUUCAAGCGUGGUUACAUCCCAAAAUAUGGAACUUUACUUCAACUGAACAUCCCAUCUACGGACAAUUUAUUACGAGCAUUGGGGGAUUGGCGAAUGAUCCUGCUGCUCUUAUGGCUUGGCAGUAUUAUAUUCUGCCUGAAUUUCCACAGCAAGAGAUUCCGGAUGAGAAGUACAGAGGAACAGUGGCUGUUGAUAGGGUUCACGUCGAAGACAACAAGCACUACUUUUUUAUUUACAUGGGUUAUACAAUUGAGCCUGAAAAUUGAUAUCAGUGUUAAGUGAAUGAACAAUUUGUUUGAUUGUUGACCAAAAUAAACUAAAUAACACUAA